AUGGAGUGGGCUAAAGACCAAUACAACAAGCAAUAUGAGAGCUGGGUCCCCUGGUUAGAGGACAUCUACCUGCGCUACUUCACCCGCGACAACAAGGCGAGCUACACGACACGGGAAAACCUCGCCAAAACCAAACUCACCUCCAACCCGCAAGCCAACGCCCUCCAAGACGGCGUCAACGACCUGGUCGCCAACCAGGUCGGACAGGACGGGCUGGCGCGCCCCAUCGGCGACACCAUCUCGCGCGAGGGCAUCAACCGUGCCGAGAGGCAGGGCAAGGACGAGAGCGGUGGCUAUGUGCCGCGGGAAGUGACUGGCGCGGGUGAGGCGGCUGCGGGGGGUGCGGGUGGCGUUGUUGAGGGGGUGGGGGAGGGGGUCGGGAAGGUGAAGGGGGUUGUUGGGGGGUUGUGGAAGUGA